UAUACUCGCAGGGCAGAAGAAACCAACCUGUCCUCUAAACGAAUUCGAGAAGAAAGACAUGGAUAGCAUGGAGUAUGGUUGGGGCGUUGGAUCUGUUGUCGCGAUGCUUUUGGUAUUCGGAUGCAUGUUGUUUCUGCCGCUGGGGAUGGGACCGGUGGCACCUCCGUCGAUUCCAAUGAUUGUUUUGGUUCCGGUCUUCUUGGCGGCUGUUAUCAUCUUUCUCUCCAUUGCCUCCAAACCGAAUCAUUGAUUAGUUUUCUUCUUCUCGAAUGUAUCUCGGAUAUGAUCUUAUGAAUAUUAUGAUAUGA